AUAAUUUAGGUCCUACUCUAAAUAUUUUAUCACUCAUUUAAAUGUCAAGUCCCAUAGUUUAGGGCAAAGCCCAAUACAUACAAUGUAAACACUAUAUAACGAAACACAUCAGACUUGGGAAACCUUGGACAAAAGAAAAAAUAUAUUUAAAACAAAUUAUCAGGGUAGGUAAUAGUAAGUGGAGAAUCUUGAAUUUAAUAUUUCAUGAAAAAAUAGCCCACAAUUCAUGUUUUCGUGCAGAAUCGUCUCUUUGUGAAUCUUCACUCUUUGUGAACAGUGAGCCCUGGAAAAUGACAGAAUGCCUUUCAUGGAUUUGAAAUUUGUAAUGAUCUUCCUAUUCCAGAUAGGCAUUGGAAUCCUGGGAAAUUUCUCACUCUUAUAUCAUUAUGUGUUCCUGUACCUCAGUGGAUCUAGGUCAAGGUCCACGGAUUUGAUUUUCAAGCACCUGACUAUAGCCAACUCCUUGGUCAUUCUCUCAAGAGGAAUCCCAGAGACAACGGCAGCUUUUGGGUUGAAAGAUUUUCUCAGAGAUUUUGGAUGCAAACUUGUUUUCUCUUUUCACAGAGUGGCAAGAGGUGUGUCCAUGGGCACCACCUGCCUCCUGAAUAUCUUCCAGGCUAUAGCAAUCAGUCCCAGCAACUCCAAGUGGGCAGAGCUUAAAGUAAGAGCCCUAAAGUUUAUUGGUCCUACCAACAUUCUCUGCUGGAUCCUAAACAUGUUGCUAAAUACUAUGGUUCCUAUGCAUUUGACUGGCAAAUGGAACAAUAAAAACAUCACAAAAACUAUAGAUUUUGGAUACUGUUCUUCUAAACUUCAUAACAAAGACACAGACUUACUAUUUAUAGUAUUGGUAUCCUCCCAUGAUGUUUUGUGUUCGGGACACAUGACCUGGGCAAAUGGCUCCAUGGUAUCCAUUCUGUACAGGCAUAAGCAACGGGUCCAGAAGAUCCUUGGGAAGAAUGUAUCCCCUAGAUCUUCCCCUUUGACCAAAGCUACCCAAAGCAUCCUUGUACUGGUGAGCACCUUUGUAUGUUUUUAUACCCUCUCCUCCAUCAUUUAUUUUUAUUUUAUUCAUGUUCAUAAGACCAUUUGGUGGCUGGUGUACACCUCUGCCUUAAUCAAGGCAUGUUUCCCAACUGCCAGCCCCUUUGUUCUCUGGAGAUGUGUCCCCUGUAUAUCCAGACAUCUCUGUGUGUGUACCAGGAAAAGUGCAGUUACCUCAUCUCAUCAGAACAAUGUAAAUAGUCUGAUUUUCAUCAUGUUUAUUCCAUUUUGUCCUCAUUCUUCAUAGGAUCUUAAGCACAAUUAUAGCCAGUUUCAUUGCACGUAGAGUUGCGUAUAAAACAGAUUCUGGUACAAUAAAUAGUAAAUAAUAAUAGCCAUUGUAAGUGAAAUCUAUGAAAUUAUUAUUAAAGUACUCUUAUUAUUGUAUUUUAUUGCUCAUUUCACUGGAGAAGUACAGAGUGUAAUCAAUAAUAAGACAGUCCUGAAAUAAAUUGGAUAUACUAGAAUUAUUUUUGACUAUUUAACUUUUAAUCUGCUGUAUCAAAAUUUCUCAAGAUUUAACUGAGCAUAGCAUUGUAAAUACAGUACCAUAAAAGGUAAUGAUAUGUGGAAUGUUCCCUCAAGAAACCUUAGGAGAGGCGUCAAUGUCCCUGCAUUGUAAUGCAAGUGACUGGGGUAAAGCUAGAGGGAAAAUUAUGUUUUAGUUAUUGUAGCCACUGGCCGCUAAGUUGAGAACGUUGUGCCUUACAUCCUAAGAGAAAUAGUGGUCAAUUGGAAUAUGAAAAUGUGUAUGGAUGCUAGAUUAAGGCUUUUUUUCAAAUAAAUGAAAAUAUUAUUUCAAAAAAAAAAAAGAAAAUGUGUAUGGAGAAAGGUGAAAAUAUUGAAAAAAUAUAUUUCAGUUAAACGUUGGAAUAGUGAGCAUCAGGGGACAAAGGAGAACAUGGUUUCAUUCCAGAAUGCCACAUUGUAUUUAGUCAUCAUGUUUCCCCAGUCUCCUCUUCUCUGUUUCAUUUUCUCAUUCAGGUACUUCUUAGAAUAUCCCCAAAGUUUUGUGUGUGUGAUUUAUUUCUGAGUUUAUAGACUUCUUGAAGAAUAUCACAUCUCCUCGUGCAGUUAACAUGACAUAUCAUUGGUGAUGAUCAUCUUGA